UUUGCGUUUAGCACGUUCAUGUUCAUGUGUUUAAAGAAACCAACACAAAGUUAGUACUACUAAUUUACAAUCCUUUUAAAAGAAACAAUCACACACACACACAAAGAGAGAAAAUACUUAAAAUCCAAGAAAACAAGACUGACCCAAAUCAAAGUUUCUUUAGAUUUUCGUUUCAAAUGGAAACCAUAAGUAGGACUUAUUCUCGAAACAUGGAAGAAGAAUAUGAGAAAUUUAUUCGUCGAAUGAACCCACCUCGAGUUGUUAUCGAUAACGAAUCCUGUAAAAGUGCUACCAUCAUUCAGGUAGACAGUGCUAACAAACAUGGCAUACUUUUGGAAGUGGUGCAAGUGCUCACUGAUCUCAACUUCAUUGUUACAAAAGCUUAUAUCAGUUCUGAUGGAGGCUGGUUCAUGGAUGUAUUCAAUGUGACUGAUUCAGAAGGGAACAAAAUAACAGAUGAAGAAAUCUUGAAUUACAUUCAAAAGGUUCUUGGGUCCGAAACUAGCUUCACAACAUCUAUGAAGUCCAUUGGGGUCGCAUCCUCAAUGGACCGAACAGUUAUUGAGUUAAUAGGAACCGACAGACCCGGAUUACUAUCUGAGGUGUGCGCGGUUCUUACACAUUUAAAAUGUAACGUUAUAAAUGCUGAGGUGUGGACGCAUAACACACGGGCAGCAUUUAUAGUCCAAGUGACCGAUGAUGAGUCAGGGUUAGCCGUUAUUGAACCCGAGAGGCUAUCUAUUAUAAAACAAAUGCUUUCCAAUGUUUUAGAAGGUAGUAACAAAGCACGAGAGGCUAAGACCGUGGUCUCAAAUGGGGUAACCCACACCGAGAGACGGUUGCACCAAAUGAUGCUUGAGGACCGUGAUUUUGAAGGGGAGAGUAGUUUUAGUAGUUUAGCCCAAACAGAACGGCCCGAUGUGAAUGUGGUUAAUUGGUAUGAUAAAGAUUGUUCGGUUGUCACUAUUAGGUGCAAAGAUAGGCCUAAACUAUUGUUUGAUACCAUUUGCACUCUGACGGAUAUGGAAUAUGUCGUUUUUCAUGGGAAUGUAGAUGCCGAUGGGACUAAAGCUUACCAGGAAUAUUGUAUUAGGCAUGUAGACGGAUCACCUGUGAAAUCAGAAGCCGAGAGGGAAAGAAUGGUCCAGUGUAUCGAAGCUGCCAUUGAAAGAAGAGUAUCUGAGGGCUUAAAGCUAGAACUAUGUACAACGGACAGAAUUGGGCUUUUAUCUGACGUGACACGUAUAUUUCGUGAGAAUAGCCUUACAGUCACCAGAGCUGAGGUGGCAACACGGGGCGGUAAAGCUGUAAAUACGUUUUAUGUUCGUGAUGCCUCGGGUUGUCUGGUUGACUCCAAAAUCAUCGAUUCAAUAAGGAAAGAAAUCGGGCAAACAAUACUUAAAGUAAAAUACAACCCUGAAGACUUGAACCAAAGUCCUCAACAAUCUCCCACUAGGUUCCUCUUUGGUGGUCUCUUCAAGUCUAAAUCUUUUUGCAACUUUGGUCUGGUUAGAUCCUACCCUUAAAGUAUAUGUUGAAAGCGUGUUUGUACUACUUGUUUAAGCCUAGAUUCACGCUUAGUUACACAUAUGUAUGUCGGCAUGAUGCAAAAUAAUGUUUUGCAUUACGCAUAGCUUAUAUUAGAGAUAAAAACACAAAAAGUCCCAUGUAAAUUCGUCGCCUUUUCUUUAAUUCUUUUUUAUGACCCAACUAGCUGUUGGAUCAUAGUCUCUCAGCUCAUGGAACUUAUGUUAAAUCUGUCUAACCUUAGCUGAAAAUUGUAUGUAAAUAUCAUCAGGGUUCAACUUAUUAUAUAUUUCUUCUUUGUGUUGAA